AUGCGCGCCUUCCCCAGCAGCUCUUUGCGCCUCUUCGCUCCCUACGAAGGCACAGGCCAGCAGCAGCAGCAGCAACAGCAGCAGCAGCAGCAACAGCAGCAGCAGCAGCAGCAGCAACAGCAGCAGCAGCAGCAGCAGCAGCAGCAGCAGCAACAGCAGCAGCAGCAGCAGCAGCAGCAGCAGGCUGAAGAGAGAGAGGCCGCGAAAGAGUUUCGAAGAAGAAAAGAAAAGAAUUUGGAUUGA